UUAAUGUUUGACAUUACCCGGUCUCCUAAAUUUGAAACGCAGUGCGAUAACCUUCGAUCUUUAAUCAAUUUUAAAUAAUAAAUUUGUAUGAGACAUAUCUUUUGCUUCAUAUGAAAACGUCAUUCAGUGCUUAACCUACUCCAUACAUGUUCUCUUGAAGUGCAUUAAGGUUUUUGAACAGUCAACAUCAUGGGUGGAAAAUAUUCUUCUCAAGAUCCCAUGCUAGUAGAUGUACCAGAAAUUAAAAACUUAUUAGAACGGGAUCCCUAUUUGCAGCCUUACGAAAAGGAAAUAAGACGCCGAUAUGCAUGUUUUAAAGAUAUGCUGGAAUCAAUUGAAGAGAAUGGAGAAGGUUUAGACACAUUUACUAAGGGCUAUAAAUAUUAUGGUGUUAAUGUACAGCAGGAUAAUACAAUUAUAUGUAGAGAAUGGGCGCCUGGAGCACGCCAGUUAUAUUUAACUGGAGAUUUCAAUGGUUGGAACAGAGAGAGCCAUCCUUAUAAGAAACUAGAAUAUGGGAAAUGGGAAUUAAUUCUACCACCUAAUCAGGAUGGAAGCUGUGCCAUACCACAUCUGUCUGAACUUAAGGUUGUUGUGGAGACUCAGAGUGGAUCUAAGGAAGACAGAAUAUCACCUUAUGCAACCUAUGUUGUAGAACCUCCAAAAUCAGAAGGAACAAUCUACAAACACAGAUUCUGGAACCCUUUACAAACUCAGCGGUAUAUUUUCAAGAAUAGGAAAGUACAGCGGCCUAAAAGUCUGAGAAUUUAUGAAUGUCAUGUCGGUAUUGCCACCCAGGAACUCAACGUAGGUACUUACGACAACUUCACUGACAACAUUCUACCUAGAAUUGUAAAACAAGGAUACAAUACGAUACAGCUUAUGGCAGUUAUGGAACACGCGUAUUACGCUAGUUUUGGUUAUCAAGUAACCAGUUUUUACGCAGCUUCUAGUCGAUAUGGUACUCCGGAACAACUGAAAAGAUUAGUCGAUAGAGCACAUGAGUUGGGUUUGGUAGUGCUCUUGGAUCUCGUACAUUCACACGCUAGCAAAAAUGUACUCGAUGGUUUGAAUCAGUUUGAUGGUACAGAUUCCUGCUUCUUCCACGCUGGCCCAAGAGGAGAGCAUUCCUUAUGGGAUUCUAGGCUCUUCAAUUAUUGCGAAUUUGAAGUGCUGAGAUUUUUGUUGUCGAACAUUCGUUGGUUCAUGGAGGAAUACCAAUUUGACGGAUUUAGAUUUGAUGGCGUCACAUCAAUGUUGUACCAUUCUCAUGGUAUAGGUCAGGGUUUUGGUGGUCACUAUGAUGACUACUACAGCUUAGGAGUUGACACAGAAGGUGUUGUCUACCUUAUGUUGGCUAAUCACAUGAUACAUCACUUCCACAAAGAUGCCAUCACAAUUGCUGAAGAUGUUUCUGGAAUGCCUGGAACAUGCAGACCUGUAGCAGAGGGUUGCUUAGGCUUUGAUUAUCGUCUUGCUAUGGCCAUUCCUGAUAAAUGGAUAGAAUUAUUGAAGCACUGCUCUGAUGACGAUUGGGAUAUAGGUAAUAUUGUUCAUACUCUGACCAAUAGAAGAUGGAUGGAACCCAAUAUAGCUUAUUGUGAAUCUCACGAUCAGGCCUUGGUUGGGGACAAAACAAUAGCUUUUUGGUUGAUGGAUAAAGAGAUGUACACCCAUAUGAGUACCCUUUCGAGUCCAUCAUCAAUAAUUGAACGUGGAAUAUCUCUCCAUAAACUAAUCAGGUUUCUAACUCAUGGCCUUGGUGGAGAAGCUUACCUGAACUUCAUAGGCAACGAAUUCGGUCACCCAGAAUGGUUGGACUUUCCCAGAGAAGGAAACAACAGUUCCUACCUCUACGCCAGACGUCAGUGGAAUUUGGUCGAUGAUGAUCUUUUGAAAUAUAAGUUCCUGAAUGAAUGGGAUGCAGCCAUGAAUCAUGCUGAAGCCAGGUAUCAAUGGCUAUCCCAUGGACCAGCCUAUGUCAGUUGGAAACACCAAGACGAUAAAGUUAUCGUGUUUGAAAGGAACGGAGUAGUUUUUGUCUUCAAUUUCCAUCCCACCAAAAGUUUUGCAGAUUAUAAAAUUGGCUUGGAAGGAAGUGGACAGUACAAAAUUAUUUUAUGCUCAGACGAAUCACGUUUUGGAGGUUAUGAUCGCAUAGAUAUGUCGGUUCCUUUCUUCACCUCAGACGAAGGAUAUGCUGGAAGGAGACAUUCAUUGCAGGUAUAUGUACCAACUAGAUGUGCAAUUGCUUUGGCGAAAGCUUAAUCCAUCAAGUACUAUAUAAAUAUGUUAUAUUCAUUGUUUUUUAUGAAUAAAUUCUAUUUUGUUGAUUAUA